AUGAAAGCUGGUGUUCUGAUACCUGCUGUUUUGGCCAUACAGAGCAAGUCAGCUAUCAACAACGAGGUCAAUCAAGAAGCCCUCCAACUGGGAUACCGAAUCGAUUCGGUCACUUUCCCUGAUGUUACCAUGCCUCUACAACUUGUCCUGUUGGGCUGUGUCAAGAUUGCUGAUGGUCGAGUCACGCUUAAGCUUUUCGUCGCUCUCGUAUGCCCUGAGAGCGAUCAAUACUCCGUUUCCGCCGCAAUCCAAGAGCUGGCUCAACUGGUCAUCUCUCAGCACCCAAAGCAAGUGCUGGUCCCAUCCUGUUCGGGAAGAGUGGUCAUUGAUCACGGCAUAGAUGAUGUCAAGGAAGUGUUGGAGGAGAUGUGGAGGAUGGACAAGCACAAGAUGUCAUUCAAGUAUUCUCAGGAGAGGUGUGCAAGAGUUGGCUCAGGGAGAAGAUCACCAGAAUUGAUCAAGGUCGAAACAGUACUAGAUGACAGAAAGUGGGGGACCGGUUUUCUGAGCCUGUUGAAGAAAGCAGGCUCCGAAAACUUGAUCCUCAUCCUCAAGGUCUGUGUCGUAGGGGUGACUGGUUGCUUCCGGAAGAACUCGGAAGAAGGAUGGAGUUUGUACUCUGUCGGAGCAGUAAAGAGGGUUGGGAACUGCAGAUGGGUUGUUGGUUUCGAAGGAGAUGAAGCACGGGUCGAACCGAGCCACGUCAUGGCCAUCAGGGACGACGAAGGCACCACUCGAUACGCAUGUUCUUGCUCCAUCAGAUCAUGCAAGCAAAUGGUCGCUGUGGAGUUCUUCAAGCUUAGCAGGGACAGGAACGAAAAAGAUGCGGAUGAGGAUAUGGACGUCGAUGAAAACAUGAUCAAUUACCCUUCUCGAGCUAAACACUCAAUCGAUCACCCCAACGUCCAUCCGGUCUGUCCCCGUCACUGA